AUAGUCACGAUACUGUAAGAGUUCUGCAAAAUAGUGUACAGGAUCAGACACCUCCACCGCUAAAAUUUUUAGCCAACCGGAUAUUGUAAAGAAGGUUUUAAAGGUGCCUUAGAAAUUAAGCAACCGGAUAUAGUCAUCUUCAUUCUUCUGCCAUCAAGGAAGUUCUGGGAUCACCUAUAGUCAUCAUCUUCAUUCUUCACCCAACAAGAAAGUUCUGGAUUAGCCAGAAUGGCAGAGCUCUCUAAAAGUUGGGCUGAUGAGGCGGAUGAAUCUGAGUCUAGCUCUGAAGUUGCAAUUGCUUCUUUGGCUUUGAGUGAAUCCAGUAAUGUCAACCAAUCCAUCUCUAACCCUGAUGACGACAGUAUCCAAACCGUUACAUCUGGGGACACUCUGUAUAAAUCUGCUAAAACAUUCGAAGACUUGAACUUGUCACCGGAGUUGUUGAGAGGAUUAUACGCGGAGAUGAAUUUCGAGAGGCCGAGUAAAAUUCAGGGCAUAUCUUUGCCUAUGAUUUUAACUCCACCCCAUAAGAAUCUGAUCGCCCAGGCUCACAAUGGAUCCGGAAAAACAACAUGCUUUGUGCUGGGAAUGUUGAGCCGAGUUGAUCCUAAACUCGGUGCCCCUCAGGCUCUCUGCAUCUGCCCCACUAGAGAACUUGCCAUUCAGAAUAUGGAAGUUUUGUUAAAGAUGGGAAAAUAUACUGGUAUAACAUCAGAACUGGGCAUACCACCAAGUAAGGACAACUAUGUUCCAAUUAAUAAGCGACCCCCUAUUACAGCUCAAGUCAUAAUUGGUACCCCUGGGACAAUAAAAAAGUGGGUUGUUGCUAAGAAACUGGGCACAAGUUGCAUGAAAAUUCUUGUAUUUGAUGAGGCGGACCACAUGUUAGCAGAGGGUGGCUUUCAGGAUGACUCUAUAAAAAUAAUGAAGGCCAUUGUAAACGGCAAAGCCGAUUGCCAGGUGCUCUUGUUUUCUGCAACUUUCAAUGAAUCUGUCAAGAGGUUUGUUAAGAAAAUUGUCGAAGACCUGUUUGUUAAAGAUUACAACCAGCUUUUUGUGAAGAAGGAAGAACUUUCAUUGGAGUCUGUCAAGCAGUUUAAGGUGCAGUGUCCCGAUGAGCUUUCAAAGGUCAUGGUGGUUAAGGAUAAAAUACUUGACCUGGGUAAGAAGGUGGGACAGACAAUCAUAUUUGUGCGUUCAAGGAAUAGUGCUUAUAUGUUGCACAAAUCACUAGUGGAUCUAGGCUAUGAGGUAACAACAAUUCAAGGUGCUCUGAACCACGAAGACCGGGAUGAAAUUAUUAAGGAGUUCAAGCAGGGGCUAACACAAGUUCUUAUAUCAACGGAUCUUCUUGCUCGAGGAUUUGACCAAUCCCAGGUGAAUUUGGUCGUGAAUUAUGAUCUUCCAGUGCAAUAUGAGCAUCCAUCUGAGCCAGACCAUGAAGUGUACUUGCAUAGGAUAGGUAGAGCCGGUCGUUUUGGGCGAAAAGGUGCUGUUUUCAACUUGCUUUGUAACGAUAAAGACAACAUGUUGAUGUCCAAGAUUGAGAGCCACUUCGACAGUCCUGUGGCUGAGAUCACCUCUUGGGAAAGUGACGAAGACUUCAAGGCUGCUUUGAACACCGCUGGUCUGCUCUAAGUGCGGAAUGUUUGGAUGCCUUGACUGCACUUUUGUUGUUACCGCUUGCGUUGCAAAUAUUUGAUUCCGUCCUACUUGACCUGGGAAAUGACAAACCGGCCCAGUCAACCCGGAAACUAGCAGUCUGAGCCCAAAACUUUGCUGGUUAAUGAGAAAUCAUAAAUAGGAGAAAGCCAGUGAAUAUCGACUAACCGCGUGAGACGUGGUCCAGACUCGGCAGGGAAGAAAUGGGCAUGUGAUGGUGCAUUAAAUGCGGUUGUUGAUGCUAAAGAGUGACAAGAUGAGGAUUCGGUCAUAGCAAGGCCUAACACUCCGCUCUCGUGUGUCGAGGGCUUCUGCCAAGGGCUCAUCUUAUAAAUGGAGACUCUGGACCGAUCCCCUUAGUGGUCCACUCUGUGAGUUGUUGCGACCCAUGGCUCCUGGCGGCCCACCUAAGGGGUGACCAAUUGCUUGUUGGGCCUCUUGUACGUUGUUGGGCCUUCUGUAAUGAUAACGCAAGUAUACGGAUUGGGUGCUCACGAUACAUGUACUCCAUCAGGAGCCCCACACUCCCUUUAUCGAGAGGUAACCACGACGAUGGGGAGUAGUUCUUUGAAUGAUCUGGUUUUUGAAGUUUGUGUAUUUUAUGCGAUUUUGUUUGGUGAUAAAAAAGACUAAGGGGUAGUCCCCCCCACUCCUCUUGACCGAAGGUAGUUCGAGCUGUAAGAGUUUAAAUUUGUUGUGUCGAGUUCUUCUCCAAAUAGUUGUAUGUUGUUUGAUCAGAGGGUGCUAUGCAAAGACACGCAUUUGUCGAGGUCACUUGAUGGACUUUGUUGUGCCUUUGUCUAGAUUGUAGUAGAGGACGAGGGCACCUUUGGUCUGUAGUUUAGCUAAGAGCGUUGGGUAAUGUGGUAUGCCUGUGUUGAACUAGGGGUCUCCCAUUAGAAUGUAGCAGGGGCCAAAGGGUGCCACUGUGGGCUGACUAUCAGUGCGCACGAGAGCUUGGAAGGUAUCGGGAGCUUGGAAUCAAGGGGACUUCAUGUAUGUUGGGUCAUAGGGUGAGUGAGAGUCAUCAUGACUGCCCAAAAAGUUUGAUUUGUUGUUGAUGGUAAUGCUAGUCACAUUGUGACAGGGGCUUCGAGGACGGGCGUGCUGGUUGGGUUGGUCCACGGUGUGUGAUGAUUGCUUUCUAACUGAAGGGGGUGACUUUGAGGUAACCCUUGUUGGGUUACCUAUAAAUACCCCAAGCCUGGGCGCAUUUUUCGUUGCGCAUUUUGUAAUCUGAAGUGAAGCUCUGCCCUUUUUAGAGAGAUAAACCUCGCGUAGAUUUAAACUCAUCUUUUGGGGUGAGUUCUUCAUCAAUUCUUCUUUUUUCUUGCAUACUUUGCUUCUAGGUGCAUGAUCUAGUGUUAGGUUGAAAACUCUAGAUCUCCCUUCAUGUUAGAAAGUUUGAUCUCCCUAAGGCUUGCUAGUUAUGUCGUCUGAAGUUGAUUCUCAAGACAUCUCGAGGACACCUUCUAUUGAGAACCAAGUCGAGUUCGAGGACUGGCUAGAGGAGAGGACACCCAGUCCUGAGGCCUCGGUGGGAGGCCCAAGGAGGCUGCUGAGAAUCUUGAGAAGGACCUUCAGGCUACGGAUAUAACCCAAGGCUUCAAUCUAGAGAUGGAAGAUAAAGAGAUGGCUGAGGCGGUGCAGGUAGAGGAGGAGGCAGCUGCGAGGGCCGCUUCAUGCAUUGGUUCGGAUGGAUUUAGGGGGGGGGGAGGGGCGCCCCCUGGACUUUCAAUUUUUUCUACUAUAUAUGUGAUGUUUUCAUACUUUAAUUAGAUACAUAUGUUUUCGUCCUCCUUAGGACCGUAACUUUUACGGGUAGUUUUCAAAAUUAAUAUAUAGUCUUAC